AUGGCUUCUCCAGAAAACGCAGCAACCUUUCUGAAUCCAGUGAUUCCGGGGUUCAACCCAGAUCCAACGGUCUGCGUUGUCCCCGCGACAGACUCCAGCCCGACAACAUAUUUUUUGUCGACCUCAACAUUUGAAUACUUCCCCGGCUGCGCAAUCUACUCUUCUUUAGAUCUUAUUAACUGGAAACUUAUUGGGCAUGCUCUCACACGUCGAAGCCAGAUUGAGCUGCGCACCGUCGAGCCUGGUGCCGGAAGUUGGGCAAGCACCCUGCGCUAUAGACCGCAGGAGAAGCGGUGGUACUUAGCUAACGGGCUUUUUCAACGGUAUCGGCCUGCGAACGAUGAGCGCAUCUUUCCACGCGGAUUCUACGUGUGGACAGACAACAUCUGGGACGAUAGUGCCUGGUCAGACCCUGUUUAUUUUGAUAACCCCGGAUUUGACCAAGAUCUGUUUUGGGACGAUGACGGAAAGGUCUAUCUGUCCACCACUGUGCGCAUGGGGAAGCGAACACCAGGGUUGAAAAUGAAAGACUUCGCAAUUCAUAUCUCAGAGAUCGACAUACAUACGGGAAGGACCCUUAGCCCUCCCCAAGUCAUUCGAGAAUCUCCCCAUGGUAUUGCUGAAGGCUCGCACAUCAUUCGAAAAGGCGACUAUUACUACUUAUUUACCGCCGAGGGUGGUACGGAAGCAGGUCACCAGGAAUGGGUUCUCAGAAGUGAAACCGGCCCUUAUGGUCCAUGGGAGGGACAGGGGAAAGCUCUAUGGUACAACGGUUCCGAUGAGGAAGUACAGAGGACCGGACAUUGCGACGUCUUUGAAGAUGAUGCCGGUAGAUGGUGGGCUGUGAUGCUAGGCGUUCGUCCCAGCAAGUCAGCAGACAAGUUCAUCGAGCCCCAAAUGGGUCGGGAGACAUUCCUGGUGCGGGUCGAUUGGGUCGAUGACUGGCCUGUUUUCAACCUAGGUCGCAACAUCACUCUCCAGACGGUAGGCAGGGAACGCAUUCAGAAGGCUGCAGUUGCGGAUGCGAACGGGUUGAAGUGGAAGGCGGACCUGUCAAGUUCUGCUCUUGAGCUUGGUUGGUAUCAGAAGAAUACUCCACUCAAGCCCUGCUACAGUCUCACAGAACGCCCGGGCUACUUGCGACUGUAUGGCAACUGCUACGAUCUCAGUAGCCCCGAGUCUCCAGCGAUGUUGCUGAGAAAGCAAUCAUCUUAUCGAGAUACCUUCACAGCUAGGAUGUUCUUCAAGCCUAGCCGAGUGGGCUAUGAGUCUGGAAUUACAGUUUGGUGGAGCCAAUACUCUUAUGCCACCAUUGGAAUCGCCGGUACGCAGAGCGUGGAUGGUCAAUCGGUCCGCCCAACUGUUGUCAUAAGAGAGCCGACAGGGAAGGUCAGCGAGCUCAAGGUUUCCUACCCUCUACUGGAAUCAUCCGGGUCUGCAUCGGAAGAAGAUUGGGACUUAGACCAACCUGUCCAGCUUGCCAUUACAGCUUACCCGACGAGUUACGAAAUGCAUCUUUCCGUUGGUGGGGUACAGGAAAAAGUCUCAUUUGCAUCAGAGGCCUUGACAGUAUUGCCUCCUGUUGGUGGAGCUUUUUGCGGCGUGAUGUUCGGCGUUUAUUCGUUCGGUCGGAGCGAACCGGUUUUGGAUCCAACUGAUUUUACUGAUAUUGAGAUCAUGGAAACGAAGGAAGAGUAA